AUGUCUUCUCACAAGACUUUCAGUAUCAAGCAAUUCCUGGCCAAGAAACAAAAGCAGAAUCAUCCCAUUCCCCAGUGGAUUCAGAUGAAAACUGGUAAUAAAAUCAGGUACAAAUGUAAGAGGACACAUUGGAGAAGAACUAAGCUGGGUCUAUAA